GCAGUAAUUAAGCAAGUGUUAUCUAAAAACAAAGAAGAAAGACAUCAUGUUGAGAUCCGAGGACUACCUCUCCCACAUUUCAGGUGUCAGAAGGGAGCCAAGUAUUCUCACCGACGUCCCUCGCUACCCAAAUGCCGAGAUGGCCUUCAACAAGAGGGUUAUCUAUGAGGAAGAUGAUAUCGAGAGAUCCCCUGGCCUCCAUCACCACCACCACAACCCUGUGAUUCGUGAGAGGGUUGAAGUGGUGGAGUAUGAACGAGUACCUGAGGUUAGGUAUGGUGAUAAAGUGAUCUACGAAAUUGAAGAGGGCGUUGAUGUUGAAACCAAUCAAAGUUAUCCACGAAGGAACAGACCAGGUGGUCUUGAAUUGCACAAAUGGAAGACAUUCAGGCCAUAGUAAGCUUGUUGUUGAUGUUGUCGUGUGAUAUAUUUGGCUACUAAAUUUGCUAGGCAGGCUAUGUUAACAUAUGCUCAUUGGUGUGUUUGUAUUAAAUAAAUUCUUGCUUGGUCAGCCAUUAUUAUUAUUAUUAUUAUUAUUAUUAUUAUUAUUAUUAUUAUUAUUAUUAUUAUUAUUAUUAUUAUGUUAUAAAUCUUGUAUCAAUAAUUAAUGAAGCAUAUGAAUAACAUGUAUUUAAAUUAA